GAGUAGAGGAUUUAUUUUUAGCUCUGAUUUAUAUCACAAAAUAUCUUUAUUCGUGGAUGUAACUAUGUUGGACGUUUUGGGUGUUUGUAUCCAGUGAGUUGUGCUAGACGAUGCUCGUACUUACCAUUAGAUAAGUAUCGCAAAGACACUUCUGUUAAUCUCAAACCACUGUUGGGUUGGAGUUAUCAUCAUUAUCAUGAGUAUCAUUAUCAUCAUCAUCAUCAUCAUCACUAGACGCUCCGGUUUCUUUCAGAGCAAGAUGUCGUUAUCUUCCAUUAUCUCCGCAAGUCAAAAUAGCUCAGCUCUACAUGGCUUAUUACAGUUAUUACUUUAUUUAUGAAAAAGAAAUUAUGCAAAGGUAGAAAAUUCAAAGAAUUGAUCAGGAAUUUUCUCCAAUUAUUUCAACAUUCAUAUCCAAACGAAGACAUAUUUGCAUCAGAUAUCAGUACAUCGUGGGAAGAAUAAACCUUAAUUGCCAUCACCUUUUGCUUAUUGUGGCUGUAUGGAGGAAGGUGACCUUACGAACGGUUUACGGAGCUCUUUUGAAACAAUAGAAUCUAGGGAUAGGAGGAGAAUUUCCCGAGAAAUAUACCGGAACCUGAACAGUGUUGUAACUAGCAGUGUUCCGUUGGAUAGCUACCGGUAGAUGAUAAGCUGUGACUUGUGGGACCAUUGUCGUCUUUCACGUCAAACCAAUCGUAGUUUGAGUGAGAAACAUGUGGAAAACGUUACUCAACGGCUUUGGGGGAUGAUGUCGUCAAUCAAUCGCUUUGUACGAAGUCUUUUUCCCCCAUGAGAUAUAUCUGGUAUGAUCACAGCUAAAGCGAAAAACAAGUACGAAGGAAGCAAUACAGUCAUCAAACCAAGACCGCUUGUCGGAAUGGAUUUCAAUCUGAUAACAAACGGUGUUCUGUAACUCAAUCAUCUUGCAUCAUCGUAAUACUAGCUACGAAAUGUUACAACGUUCGUAACAACAAACAUUUAGCUUCGCACAAGCCCUCCGGCACAGAGGUGUGUAACGUACGGCGCUCUGGUCGCGGGUCUAGUCACUGCACUGUACUGCACUGUCCCUUUAACGAGAAAUUCGCUCCACAACCGACUCGUCUUCCCCGAAGAGCAAAUGUUUACUCAACCGGCCACACAUCGCCGCUGCAUCCAGCACAAACACACACACAAUUACAUUCCCAAAAAUGUGUAGCCAAACCUACCGUAUCACUCUCCGCAACCUCUCUGUGUCACUGUGUCCGUUCCGUCCGGCCGUCUAGCACACUCCGGAUGCAAUCGCGAUACGUGCGUACCACCACUACCAUGAUCGAUCGACAUACACGAUCGAAAAUGGCUAGAUCAAUCGAAAUGGAACGCGCACCUGAUCCGCCCAGCAAAGGCCCCGUCGUGUCGAGCAUCGUUGUCGCGCUGUGCCGCCCUUCGAGUGCGCGUGACCUUCCAACCCCAUUGUAAGAAAUAAAAAAAGGCGCUCAGAGAGUUAGUUAGUGCGUGUUUGCGCUGUGUUGGGUGUGUCCGGGGCGGAGGGGAGAGGAGGGUUAUAGCGUGGCGUCGUUCACGAACAUCAUGCUGCUGCUGCUGCGAAGUAUUGGUUGAUCGUGCUUCGUUUAGUGAUAAGCACACCACGCUAAAGGUUGCAUCGCCGUGUGUGCAUACAGCGGAUACAGAGUCAUCAUUCUUCAUCACAUGAUCGCGCGCUCCGUGUGUGUGAGUUUGUGUGUGAGAGAGUUUGUUCGGGAGAGGUGCUAGCUGUUUGUGGUGCAAAUUAGUGCGGAUCUGCAAAUAAGUGACACCAGCCCUGGGGGAGAAGGGGCGAGCAACCCAUCCUACAAAGCCACGACUGGUCAGUUCCAUGUGCGAUCGUCAUCAUCAAAAACGUUAGCAACACCACGUGAUCCGGAACGGGGCUCGCAAUCGGCGUAAGCGUAAGCAUCGCAUUUCCGAUCUUCCAGCCAACAGUGAAAACAGUACAAGUGUGCUACAUUGAUACCGCUGUGUGGCGCUGGGACAGUACCAACCAGCAAGCUAGAUCUAAUAAAACAAACCCAGUGUUAGGCGCGCUCGAACACACACGCACACGCACAGUGGCGGACAAACAAAAACAACCAGCUGCCCGCAGCCACCAUCUCUCGUCUAGUUGGCCGUUGCAAUUAGAACGCGUCGUGUGACGCGUACUGCUUUGCUGUUGGUGGGGCGACCACGAGAGAGAGAGAAAGAGACAGCGAGCGCGUGCCCGAAAGCAUCACAAGAUCGCGAUCGAUUGCUCGGUUAGCCCGAAAGCGAUCCGGCCGUUGUGGUGCCGCGCCGCGCUGCGCUGCUUCGAUUCAGUCGUUCAGUGACACUCGACCGGAAGACUCUACACCCGAUCAGCAAGCUCCACGCUCGAUCGGGCGCCGUUGCCGUCCUUGAACUUUAAAAGUAUCCGCAAAACCAACUAAAGCGCGACUACCGGAUCACCAGGGUCACCGAGGAGUUGUGUGAAGAGAGAGAGAGAGAGAGAGAGAGAGAGAGGCAUUGCGUACCGGAGGGUGAAACUUGAUUUCAGCUUGUAGGAGAACCCCCCAGCCCCCGCCACCACCAUGGCGAUGAUGUUCCGGAGCGAGGAGAUGGCCCUGUGCCAGAUGUUUAUUCAACCGGAAGCGGCCUACACGUCCGUCUCCGAGCUGGGUGAAACGGGCGCCGUCCAGUUUCGUGACCUGAAUGCCGACGUGAACGCGUUCCAGCGCAAGUUUGUCAGCGAGGUGCGCCGCUGCGACGAGAUGGAGCGCAAGCUGCGCUACGUCGAGGGCGAGGUGAAGAAGGACAGCGUGCAGAUACCGGAGUGCUCGGUGGACGAUUGGCCGCGGGCGCCGAACCCGCGCGAAAUUAUCGAUCUCGAGGCGCGGCUCGAGAAGACGGAGAACGAAAUACUGGAGCUGUCGCAGAACGCGGUCAACCUGAAGUCGAACUAUCUCGAGCUGACCGAGCUGAAGCACGUGCUCGAGCGGACGCAAUCGUUCUUCUUCGAGCAGGAGGUGAUCGUGAGCACGGACGCGGCGAAAAGCAACCUGAUCGCGGAGGACCCGACCGCGGCCCAGAGCCGCGGCCGGUUGGGUUUCGUGGCGGGCGUCAUCCAGCGCGAAAAGAUGCCCGGUUUCGAGCGGAUGCUGUGGCGCAUCUCGCGCGGUAACAUCUUUCUGCGCCAGGUCGAGCUGGAGGAACCGUUGGAAGAUCCGGCCACGGGCAAUGAAAUCUUCAAAACCGUGUUCGUGGCGUUCUUCCAAGGUGAGCAGCUGAAGGCGCGCAUCAAGAAGGUGUGCACCGGAUACCACGUGUCGCUGUACCCGUGCCCCAGCUCGGGCUCGGAGCGCACCGACAUGGUCAAGGGCGUCUGCACCCGGCUCGAGGACCUGCGGAUGGUGCUGAACCAAACGCAGGACCACCGGGCGAUCGUGCUGGCCAGCGUGGCGAAGGAGCUGUUCAGCUGGCGCAUCAUGGUGAAGAAGAUGAAGGCGAUCUACCACACGCUGAACCUGUUCAACAUGGACGUCACGAAGAAGUGUCUGAUCGGGGAGUGCUGGGUGCCGGUGCCGGACCUGCCCAAGGUGCAGAAAGCGCUGUCCGAUGGGUCGGCUGCGGUGGGCAGCACCAUCCCGUCCUUCCUGAACGUGAUCGACACGAACGAGGCACCGCCGACGUACAAUCGGACGAACAAGUUUACGCGCGGCUUCCAGAAUCUGAUCGACGCGUACGGUAUCGCCUCGUACCGGGAGGCAAAUCCGGCCCUGUACACGAUCAUCACCUUCCCGUUCCUGUUCGGUAUUAUGUUCGGUGAUCUGGGGCACGGUAUGAUCAUGGCACUGUUCGGGCUGUGGAUGGUAACGGGUGAGAAGAAGCUCGGUGCGAAGAAGUCGACCAACGAAAUUUGGAACAUUUUCUUCGGCGGACGGUACAUCAUCCUGCUGAUGGGACUGUUCUCCAUGUAUACCGGGUUCGUGUACAAUGACAUCUUCUCCAAGUCGAUGAACAUCUUCGGUUCGGCCUGGAGCAUCAACUACAACACGUCGACGGUGAUGACGAACAAGGAUCUUACGCUCAACCCUGGCUCCACGGAUUACGACACCGAGAUCUACCCGAUCGGGCUGGAUCCGGUGUGGCAGCUCGCUUCGAACAAGAUCAUCUUCCUCAACUCGUACAAGAUGAAGCUGUCCAUCAUCUUCGGCGUGGUGCACAUGAUCUUCGGCGUGUGCAUGAGCGUGGUCAACCAUAACUUUUUCAAGAAGCGCAUCAGCAUCGUGCUCGAGUUUCUGCCGCAAAUCAUCUUCCUGGUGCUGCUGUUCGCCUACAUGGUGUUCAUGAUGUUCAUGAAGUGGAUCGCUUACACGGCCAAAACCGACUACCAGCCCCGCACGCCCGGCUGCGCCCCGUCCGUGCUGAUUAUGUUCAUCAACAUGAUGCUGUUUAAAAACUCCGAACCCUUCCACGGCUGCGACGAGUUCAUGUUCGAGGGCCAGAACGAGCUGCAGCGCACGUUCGUGUUCAUUGCGCUGCUCUGCAUUCCCUGGAUGCUGCUCGGCAAGCCGUUCUAUUUGAUGUUCAAGCGCAAGAACGCUUCGCCGACACCAAUCCCGAACAAUGGCGACGUACACCAGGGCGGUGACGCGAACCACACUUCCUCCAGCCCGAAACCACACGAUUCGCAUGACGAUGAGCCGAUGGCGGAAAUCUUCAUCCAUCAGGCCAUUCACACGAUCGAGUACGUGCUCAGCACCGUGUCGCACACUGCGUCCUACCUGCGUCUGUGGGCUCUGUCCCUUGCCCAUGCCCAACUGUCCGAGGUGCUGUGGAACAUGGUGCUGUCGAUGGGGCUGAAGCAAACCUCCUACAAGGGUGCCAUCAUGCUGUACUUUGUCUUUGGCGCCUGGUCCCUGUUUACGCUCGCCAUUCUCGUCAUGAUGGAAGGACUGUCCGCCUUCCUGCAUACGCUUCGUUUGCACUGGGUCGAGUUCAUGAGCAAGUUCUACGAAGGCUUGGGCUACGGUUUCCAACCAUUCUCGUUCAAGCUGAUCAUCGACAGCGAUGACGACUUGGAGUAGUGGAGUGUCCGACCUAUCCGUCCUACAACUUUAUUAAAUGGAAAAAAUGAUGAUUAAUACACCCUUGUAGUAUUGGAGGGUAUGCACGGUUCUGUACGGUUCUCGCCCGGUUCCGUCGAUCCAUACCCCAAGCAAAAAUAGCGGUGGUAGUAGUAGUAAUAGUAGUGCAAUCGUAAAUGCAAGUACUAUCUGCACGGCAUAA